AUCAGUAGAGAGAGGGGGGAUGGAAUUUAAAAACAGGUACCUUACACUUGUAUUGUUCUCUCUAAAACACAUUGUCAGUAAAGUUGGGGGAGACUGUCUCCCCCCCCUUCCUGCCAUCUCUCUAUGGUUUUUUGUUGUAAUGCCAGUAGACAGAGUGGUGGAAUUAGUUUAAAACAGUCACCUUACACUUUAGUUGUCCUCUCUAAAUUAGAUUUAAGGUUUUUAAAAUUAUUAGUGUUAAUUAAGGGCUAUUGUUAUUUUGGUUUCUAAGGGGAUAGGUGUUCAAUUUUUAAAAAAAUGCACAGGAUCAUUCUAAGAAGAGUGAGAGGGCUAAUGAGCCAGCACCAUACUUCCUCUAUGCGUUUUCUUGACCUGGAUCUGAUCUUGAAAAACUCUGUUCAGGAAAGUCUGAACCAAAUACGAAUUGGAAUAUUAGAGAGGCUUAACUCUUUUGGUGGAACCCCAUAUGGUUCAUUCCCUGUGGAAAUCGGAAGCGCUCCUCUGGUAUUAGCCAGUGCGCACCACAGUAUCGCUUCGCACCUCACCGUCCGGACUGUUACUGCUCCCGGAGCACCUGCAGGCGGAGGGAGCUACCAAAAAAAGGGGCAAAGAAGAAGUACGCAGGGGACAUAAACAAGCGGAGGACGGAGUAGGGGCUGGACCGGCUGGGGGAGCGCACCAUGGCCUCAAAGGACACAGCCACGGGCUUCGUGAACGUCAGCAGGGAGAUCACAGAGGGCAUCAGGAAGGUGCUGGACAAGCAGGCCAUUAAGUUUGUGCGAGCCAUCAAGCAGGACACCCGGAGCGGCAAGACAGAGGACAGGAUUCUGGUCCUGGCAACAUGGAGACUGUAUCUCUUCGCUGUCAAGGUGCCCACCAAGACGGAGGUCACCUUCAACUUCCUGGAAAUCCGAGCCAUGAACACCUAUCCGGAACACCAGGUUGUCAUCGAUACAGACAAGACCACCUACUCGUUGAAGCUCCAGAACCAGGAGCAGCUGAACCACGUGGUCAGCCACAUCAACUACUCCCUCUCCCGAGUCUUCAACAACUCCAUUUACGCCCCUCCAAUCUGUCGAGCAGAAGGAGACGUGACCGAUGGAAGUAUCAAGUUUUCAGCCAACUCCGAAUCGUCAUUGGAUCCCCAGAAAACAUGCGGAGGUUUUUCGGAGACCUAUGCGGCCCUUUGUGACUACAACGGAAUCGGCUGUAAAGAAGAAGUGCAGUGGGAUGUCGACACCAUCUACCACUCUCAGGACAACAGGGAGUUCAACCUAGUGGAUUUCAGCCACCUCGACAGCAGGGACUUGGCGGUAAUCGUGGCAUCCAUUGCGUACAACACCUGGUUCACCAAGCUGCACUGCAAAGACAUGCGCAUAGGGUCCGAGGUGGUGGACCAGGUUCUGCACACAGUCAGCAAGUCCAACACUCUGGAGGAGCUCACUCUGGAGAACGCAGGACUGAAAUCGGACUUUCCGCAGAAGAUGGCGUCGGCGCUGUCUGAGAACCCGGCCUCUGUGAUCCACUCCCUGAACCUGGCCCACAACACGCUGGACAACCAGGGAUCCUCCAACCUGAUUCAAACAAGUGUGUCGCCAUCAAGCAAGGGUCUGCGCCUCCUCAACCUCUCCAAGACCUCCCUUUCCUCCAAGGGUGUGGUUACUUUGUCCCAGGCGUUGUGUUCAAGUGACGACUACUCCAAUUCUCUACUGCAUCUGGACCUCAGUAAAAACCCCGUUCUGUCUGGAGAGGACGCAACAAACCUGUACCUGUUCCUGGCCCAGCCCAACUGCCUGGUCCACCUGGACCUCUCUGGGACAGACUGCACCGUGGACUCGUUGUUUGGGGCCUUGCUGCGAGGCUGUUGCGCUGACCUCUCCUACCUGAACCUCUCCAAGAACUCCUUCUCUCACAGGAAAGCGAGAGAUUCUCUGCCAACUUUCCGCCAGUUCUUCAGCUCCGCCUUCAGCCUGACCCAUGUCAGCCUGGCCUCGGUGAAAGUCCCUCCUGAUAUGCUGAGGGCUCUGUUUCUAGGUCUGUCCAAUAACCCUCAUAUCACUGACUUACACCUGGACAUCAGCAGCUGUGAGUUAAGAUCAGCAGGUGCUGGCGUUAUACAGGAGCUGUUUCCUCGAGUUGCGUGCGUGGGGACUUUAGACAUCUCUGAUAAUGGUUUAGAUGCUGACUUGCUGGCUGUCAUCCCAGCGUUCUCAAGGCACCCGUCCCUCAAACACCUGAUGCUGGGGAAGAACUUCAACAUCAAGGGCAGGGUGCUGGAGGAAAUUCUGCAGAAACUGGUUCAUUUGGUGCAAGAGGAAGAGUGUGCCCUGCACUCCCUCUCCCUGGCCGACUCGAGGCUCCGUCAGCGGGGCACAGUGAUGGUCAACGCCCUGGGCUCCAAUGCCUGCCUACGGAAGGUCGACCUGAGCGGAAACCAGCUGGAGGACUCCGGGGCCAAGAUGCUCAGCAAAGCCCUGCAGAUCAAUACAACGCUCAGGAGUGUGACGUGGGAUCGCAACAACACCACAGCAAUGGGCUUCCAAGACGUGGCGAGGGCGCUGGAGCACAACUUCACUCUUCAGUACAUGCCCCUCCCCCUCAGUGAUGUCACUCAGGCGCACCGCAGCAACCCGGAGAAGACGGACCAGGCCCUGACCAAGAUCCAACGUGCUCUGCUUAGGAACAACCAGACUCAGCACUUCUCCCAGAAACAGGCGCUCAGGCUGCACCAGGGCCUCGUCACCAGCACGGCAGAACAGGUGAUGGAGCGUCUGUGUGUGCGGGUGCAGCAGCAGGUGGGUGUCCUGAAAGGUUCUGAGGAGGGAGAGGAGGUCCAGACGGCCAGACAAAUCCUGAAGGAAGCCAGGGACUCCAGAGCUCUGUAUCCCUCUCUGUGUGAGUUGGCCCAUGUGUUGUCAGUGGACGGCCCCGUCAAACAGCGUCUGGACACUCUGGCUGGAGAACUGGCCAAAGCCGCGGACAAGGAGUUGCAGGUGGUGGUGGACUCCAUGGUGUUGCUGUGCCGCGAGCUGUGUCCAAUGUCCUGCUCCGCCGCAGAGAGACUCAACCCGCCCCUCUCGUCCAUCUCAGAGCAAGUUUCCAUCCCUCGCUCCGCCAUCCGCAGCGCCCUGAUGGAGCGAGCGGCGGAGGAUAUCAACAGAGCUUUAGAAGAGGUGAAGUUGUCUGUGGUCUCCUAUCUGACCAACUCCAUAGUGGAUCAGAUUCUACAAGAGCUGUACACCACCCAUAAAACCCUGCUGCGGCAGGUGUCUCAGGCGAAGCGCUGGGAUGACGUCGGGACGGGCCGGCGCCGUCAGACAGUCAGGAUAGCUGAGUCCCUGGAAUUUCCGAUGAGAUUUGGUGUCAACCUGGGAAUAGACACAAUGGCUAUAAAGAAGCGGAGCUCCAGAACUAGAAGAAUCCGUCCCGUCUCCACCAGACCCAGUGUUGGUGAUGAGCCCAGUCCCUCUCCCCCCUCUGCUCCACUGCACUCCGACCCUCAUACACACUCGGCAUCAUGGGAGUGUCUUUCCACCCUCCCCACAAAUGGCUCGCCCUUGCGUCACGUGACCCACGUCAGGCCCCGCCCACCACGGAGACACAGAGCGGGGCACCCUCCCCCUGAAUCUCACGGCUCAGAGAACGGAGGAGCCAGUACGAUGGAGGACGGACUGCCUGACUUCUACAGCAAGAGAGUUCUACCUGACAGAUGAAGAUGAAGGCCGUAAUGGAUUCCCCGCAGCAUCGCGUCACACCAGGAAGUCCAACUCGUUCGACAUAGGCAUGGACCCGGACAGCCCCUACGAUCAGGAGAGGUCCUCAGAUCGCAGAUUCCCUGUGAAAAAGCCCAGUUUCCCCCAGUACAGAAACAGCUCUCUGGACUUCCCAGCGGGGACCAGGUGUUAUGAGAGCCCCCAGCUGGGCAACAGAGACGCGUUAUGACGUUACCAGAGCACCAGGAGGAGCUUUCUGGGGAGGGACUGGAACAACGAGGACUGGAGAGAGACAAGCUUUUAAAAAACCGUGUGGACUCAAGAGACAAAGCUCCAACAGCUGCCCCCCCCCCCCCCCCCAUUUUAACCCAUGUAAACAUUUGUUGCUGAAAAUGCAUGCACUGGUAUGCUUUCUGUUUUUAACUGGUUGCACUUGCUAUUUUCUCAGGCAUUAAGGGCGCUCUAAACCCGUAGUACAUAAAGCACACAAUCCGUCUCUCCAGUCAUCAUGAACUAUUUUAUGCAUUUGUGCAAAAAUAUUGAGUCGUCUCAUCCCUCGUCUUUUACUGACAAUCUGUGAUUACUAAGAGUGAGUUUGUACUGUCUUGAUUCUAGUGAAGGUGUAAAUAAUGAAUCUAAAAACUGCACUAACCAUUGUGGUAACCAAUCAUGUUUUUAUUUGUGAUAAUAUGUCAUUUGAUAACUGUGUUUGUGAGUACGCUUUUUGGUGAUGAUGAUGAUGAUUUGAGAAAUGUGUGUUUCAUGCACUUAGCACUCCCAUCUCUUCAAGAGUAUUUAAGUCAGUCAGUGUUUGAAUCAGAUUUUUUUCAGGCCUGAAAAUAAGUAUAUUUUCUAAAAAAUGCUUCUAUGAAUCGGAAUAAAUAAAAUUGACUUUACACGA